GGAGAGCUCCACCAGAGAGUUGGAGUUAGUUACUAGAUAAUGGGGCCCACGCCUCCUGGCUUUAAAAAGUCGCCCAGCCGGCAUGCUAUGUUCCUGCCGCGAGAAGGGGUCCGGCCAUCGGUGAUGGUGGCCCACACAUCUGCCCCGGCUCCCCCAGCUGUACAAAGCCUGGAAGGGGAGGGGCCGGCGGGGGCGGGGCGGUGAGUGCCCAGUGCGUUCGGUCGUUGGUUCUUUCGCUCGCAGCCGCGCCGCUCCAGUCUCCUCUCGGUGCUCGGCUCCCGGGAGCCGGCUCCGUUUCGGGCGUGAGCCAGGAGGACGAGGACGAGGAGGAGGAGGAGGAGGAAGAAGAGGAGGAGGCGGGGACACAGGCGGGGCCGCCGCGGAGCAGCAGCUGCUGCUGCUUGCAGGAGGAAGCGGCUGGUCCCUUGAGGUUUACGGAGAAAUCACGGCGGAGCGGGCAAGGUCCGGGGACCAGGAAUCGGGAGGCAUUUUUUAUAUGGCCGCUUCAGAAUUGCUGACCGUCCGGCUUGCUUUCCUGUUCAUCGGACCGGCCUGAAACAGGAGGUAGGGCUGUGACCCUCCCCCGACCAUGCGAAAAAGUGGAUCCAUUGAAGAAACCCCCCCAAAACCUAUUAUCUGCUGCAGUCCUCCUGAUCUGGGUGGCUCGGGUUCUGAUUAAACCAAUUUUUGGCACUGGAGAAUCUUGAGAGACAGCCCGAGUGUAUUGCAUUGUUGAAGAGGAAAAGGACAGCCAGCCGCGUAUAAUUCAGCUUUGGUGGAUGAAAGGAUUUUUCAAAACUCUUUUCACCGUUUUCCUCGAGGAUUAAUUGAGGAGGAUUCGUGAGGGGGCAUGUAAUGUGGCAGAGAGCUGGACCGGCUUCAGGAUGAAUCUGGACGCCUCGAUUAGUGUAGGGCAGUGCUGUAGCUCCCACAUGCCUUAUCUUACCUUCUGCCCCUCUUCUCCUUAAUCGCUUCCUCCUCCCCCCCCCCCCCCCCCCACUUAUUCCACUUCCAAAAGAGAGAUUCUCUUAGAACUCAGAAGUGGCCAGCAGAAGAGUGGAGAACAAAUACUGGGAGAAAAGGAAGGGCCACAUGUUUUCUCCCUCCCCAGGAGCCGCUAUGAAGUGCUGUUUCCAAGCUUUAGCUUUCCUGGUGUUACUGGGUGUGGUGUCAGCACAGAGACAAGUCACUGUCCAAGAGGGACCGCUUUAUCGCACGGAGGGCUCCCAUAUCACCAUCUGGUGUAAUGUCAGUGGCUUUCAGGGACCCUCUGAGCAGAAUUUCCAGUGGUCCAUUUACCUGCCGUCUGCUCCCGAACGGGAGGUGCAAAUCGUCAGCACCAUUGACCCUUCCUUCCCUUACGCCAUCUAUACCCAGAGAGUCCGCACUGGGAAGAUCUACGUGGAGAGGAUCCAAGGCAAUUCAGCCUUACUGCAUAUCACAGAAUUGCAGGCCCGGGAUGCAGGGGAGUAUGAGUGCCACACGCCCAACACAGACGAGAGGUACUUUGGAAGUUAUAGUGCCAAGAUGAACCUCAUAGUGAUCCCGGAUUCCCUUCAAGCAACAGCAACACCACAGACUCUUCAGAAGGUGGAGCAGGACUCUCUGGAACUGACUUGUGAUGUAGCCACAGAAACAUCACAGCAUAGUCACCUCUCGGUUACCUGGUACAGACAGAGGGCUGGCGAGAAGCCUGUGGAGGUGAUCUCUUUGAGCCGGGAUUUUGUGCUCCAUUCUAGCAGUGAGUAUGCCCAGAGGCAGACCUUGGGAGAGGUUCGCCUGGACAAGUUGGGAGAGACUACCUUCAGACUCACGGUUUACCACCUGCAGACAUCUGACCAGGGCGAGUUCUACUGUGAGGCUGCUGAAUGGAUCCAGGAUCCCGACAAGUCAUGGUACCCCAUGACCCUCAAGCGUUCAGAAGGAACUGUGGUCAACGUCCAGCCGACUGACAAAGAGUUCAGUGUUCGACUAGAGACAGACAGACGGCUGUACACAGUCGGUGAUCCAGUUGAGUUCCGCUGCAUCCUUGAGGCUCAGAACAUUCCAGACCGAUACUUUGCUGUCUCCUGGGCUUUCAACAGCUCCCUCAUUGCCAGCCUGGGGCCCAAUGCUGUGCCCGUGCUCAACAGUGAAUUUGCCCAGCGGGAAAGCCGGGGCCAACUCAAGGUGUCCAAAGAGAGUGACAGUGUCUUUGUGUUGAAGAUCUAUCAUCUCCGCCAGGAGGACAGUGGUAAAUACAACUGCCGGGUGACCGAGCGAGAGAAAACGGUGACCGGUGAAUUCAUCGACAAGGAAAGCAAACGCCCCAAGAAUAUACCCAUCAUUGUUCUCCCUCUUAAGAGCAGCAUCUCGGUGGAAGUAACCAGCAAUGCCAGCACCAUCCUGGAAGGAGAGAACCUUCACUUUUCCUGUAGCGUACGAACGGCGGACCGAGCCCAGGGCCGCUUCUCAGUCAUCUGGCAGCUGUUGGACAGGCGGAAUCGGCGAAGUAACAUCAUGUGGCUGGACAGAGACGGCACGGUACAGCCUGGCUCUUCCUAUUGGGAGCGCAGCAGCUUUGGAGGUAUCCAAAUGGAACAGGUGCAGCCCAACUCGUUUACCUUGGGCAUCUUUAACAGCAGAAAGGAAGACGAAGGCCAGUAUGAAUGCCAUGUGACCGAGUGGGUACGGGCAGUGGAUGGCGAGUGGCAGAUCGUUGGAGAGCGGAGGGCUAGCACACCUGUCUCCAUCACUGCUCUGGAGACCGGCUUUGCUGUCACAGCCAUCUCUCGCACCCCUGGCGUGACAUACAGUGAAUCAUUUGACUUACAGUGCAUCAUCAAACCCCAUUACCCAUCCUGGGUCCCAGUUUCAGUGACCUGGAGGUUCCAGCCUGUGGGGACCAUUGAGUUCCACAACCUGGUGACCUUCACUCGCGAUGGUGGGGUUCAGUGGGGGGAGAGAUCUGCCAGCUUUCGAACGCGCACUGCCAUCGAGAAAGCAGAGUCCAGCAACAAUGUACGUUUGAGCAUCAGUCGAGCCAGUGACACAGAAGCAGGCAAAUACCAGUGUGUGGCCGAGCUUUGGAGAAAGAACCACAAUAGCACCUGGACCCGUCUGGCAGAGAGAACAUCCAACCUGCUGGAGAUAAGAGUGCUGCAGCCAGUGACAAAGUUGCAAGUAAGUAAGUCAAAACGGACCAUCACCCUGGUAGAGAACAGACCCAUCCAGCUGAACUGCUCAGUGAAGUCCCAGACCAGCUUGAACUCCCACUUUGCCGUCCUCUGGUAUGUCCACAAGCCCUCGGACGCUGAUGGAAAGCUCAUCCUGAAAACCACCCACAACUCAGCGUUUGAGUAUGGCACCUAUGCUGAGGAGGAGGGCCUGCGAGGGAGGCUGCAGUUUGAGCGGCACAUGUCGGGGGGCCUCUUCAGCCUGACGGUGCAGAGAGCUCAGGUCAGCGACAGUGGCAGUUAUUACUGCCACGUGGAAGAAUGGCUUCUGAGCCCCAACUAUGCCUGGUACAAGCUGGCAGAAGAAGUUUCAGGACGGACUGAGGUCACAGUGAAACGGCCAGAUGUCCGCCUUAAGCUGAGCCAAGCCCAAGGCAACAUCACGGUUCUGGAAACCCAGAGGGUGGAACUGGAGUGCGUGGUCCUGAAUCGCACGAGCGGGGCUUCCCGGCUCUCCGUGGAAUGGCACGUGUGGAAACCCAAUCACCCCGAGAGAGAGACAGUCGCCCGCCUGAGUCGAGAGGCCACCUUCCACUAUGGAGAGCAGGUUGCUAAGAACCAUUGGAAGGGGAGACUGCAUCUGGAAAGCCCUUCUCUGGGGGUUUACCGCCUCAUCAUCCAGAACACCGCCGUGCAGGACAGUGGGACGUACAACUGCCUCGUGGAGGAGUGGCUGCUGAGCCCCAGCGAUGUGUGGUAUAAACGGGCAGAAGAUUCAUCGGGACAGACAAUCGUCACAGUAUUGAGACCAGAUGCCACGCUGCAGGUAGACACGGUGGUACCCAAUGUCACAGUGCCAGAGAAGUCCCCUUUCCAACUGGACUGCAACAUCUUAUCUCGCUCCAGUCAAGAUUCCCGCUUUGCCGUUGCCUGGUAUGCGCUCAGGACUAAAGCUGGAGGAAAGAAAGGCAACACACUAGAGGAUGAGGAAAUAGAGCGGAAGGCCAUGCUAAGUGUUGGCCCUGAUGCCAUCUUUGGCCCCGAGGGCAAUCACUGGGAGGGCAGGCUCCGGUUUCAAAGACUCUCACCUGUACUCUACCGGUUGACAGUUUUGCAAGCAGAUCCUAGUGAUACCGGCAACUACUCCUGCCGGGUGGAAGAGUGGCUGUCCAACCCUCAGAAAGAGUGGUACCGGCUGACUGAGGAGGAGUCUGGUCCAAUUGGCAUCCAAGUUCUGGACACAGGCUCGACGCUCCAGUCCAUCAUCUGUGCCAAUGAUGCUCUCUUCUACUUUGUCUUCUUCUACCCCUUCCCCAUCUUCGGCAUCUUGAUCAUCACCAUCUUACUAGUCCGCUUCAAGAGUAGGAACUCUAGCAAGAACUCUGAAGGCAAGAAUGGAGUACCCUUGCUGUGGAUCAAAGAGCCCCACCUCAACUAUUCCCCGACUUGCCUGGAGCCUCCUGUUCUCAGCAUCCACCCAGGAACCAUAGACUAAAAGAAGACUGGGGUGGACGUGGCACCCCAAGGAACAGAUGGAUCUUUGUUGCUUCCUUUCUUCCGUCUGUGCAUUUCAUACCGUAGAACAGCCGCUAGACUCUGGAGUCCCCUGCCCAAUGGGUUUUCGGGCUUGAAAAUUUUUAUAAAUUCCCCUAGCCAGUGACAGAGAUAGACACUUGUUGCUGGCACCCAGCAGAUACCCUCUGCUCUUUAUUUCCGUUGACUGACUAGUUCCUCUGGUUCUGAUGUCAUACCCCUGCUGUUAGAGAUCUCUUCUUGAAACAUACUGAGUAACUCCUGGAGCCACUUUGACUCAUUAAUUUAUAGUAUUCUCUUAUGGUCGUUAGAGGACUUUGUUCGUGGGGUUUUUUGGUACCUAGUUUGAAAUCACUUUGGUUCAGCCUUUCUGAAUGGUUGGAACUCCCCCUUACCCCUAACUGAUGACAAAAAGAACCAAGAACUAUAGACUGACGAGGGGUCUUUUUUGAGACUUUUUUCCUUUUGCACAUUUCAAAAAGCUACCCCUGAAUCAAAAUAUUCCAAGCUGUUUUACUUGCAGAAAAAUAUUUGAAAAUAGUGUGUAGCAUAGGCCCAAUUUGUAUUUUAUUUUUUUUCCUACAGCCCAGCCCAGAGUGGUUUGAAUCACUUUGUAGUCAAGAUGAAAGCCUAGAUUUUCCUUCAAAAGGACCAUGUGCAUACAGGAGAAAAGGAAGCCCAUCAGGAGCAGACAUUGUCUAGCUAACUUGCCUAUCAGACAGGCCAAAAAGGCUUUACUGGAAGCUUGCCAAAAAAUUAAAAUUAAAAAAAUCUUUGGAAAGGCAAUCCAGAGCUCAACGACAGUCCUUUUCCAAACUAACGUACACAUGAGGAAGGCUGCUUUCCAUUCAUCUUUAUCAGUCUGGAUUAGAGAGGAAAGGAUUCCCAUUGGUUUGGGCAGUAAUGUUUGGCCACUAGGUGAUGGCAGCGACCUUAGAGUUCGUGAGAUUUUAGUUCAUGCUGCUUUGGCAAACCUUUAAGGAGCCCCAGCAUAUGGUGCACCUGGAGCUGUGCUCUAACGCCAAAAUGCAUGUGGUGGCAAGUGAAAAGAUGAGGGCCAGUAGGGACUCCCACCAAUCAGAUUUGUUGAGAGUGGAAGAUGGAGAGGAGAGGGAAGGGAUCUCCUAGGCUUGGCAUUGGUGAAUAACAACCACCAUCCCUUCCAAAACAAGUGAUUUGCAUCCCCCCAAGAAAUAGGUAUCACUUUUUUGCUAUCAGUACUUUUUCUUCCUACAUCCUAUCUUUAGAAGAGUGUUGUCAGGAGUUGGGGAAGAGGAGAAUUACCCAGUAUGUGCUAGUAUACGUUCUUAGUAGCUUGAGUACUUUGGCCUUUUCUAGUCUUAGUUAAAGAGGAUCCAGUGCCAUCGUGGGUACUUUUCUUCCUUACCCACUUAGAUUGCUUUUUUUUAAUAGAUUUUUAUACUUGUUGUCCUUUUAGCUGUAGCUUGGACUUUUGUCCCCUGGCCCAAUCCUUGAGUCUUCCUGCUGAGAAGGUUAAUUUUUCAGAGCCUUCCUAGACAUGACCUGGGAUGAUGCUACUACCAUUUAAUGCUAUAAGACAAAGUGCUUUGCUACUCUGGGCCAUCAGUAUGGGGAAGAGAAGGGGAGCUCACUUACUUUCUAUCCUCCAUUCCUCCCCCAUUUUCAUGAAGCUGUUUUUCCAGACUUUUUCUUCACCUAUUUAACUUGACAUAUAGUGCCAGAGGGUGGUGGCUGCCCCAGACUGGCCCACAUCCUGUAUCCCAGAGUAGUCCCCAGUCUGGAGGAACCCCACCUCCUGACCUUGACCCCACUCCGCUUCGUGGCCCCCCACCCCGGCUCUCACUAGAUGUAUGGUGAAAGUGAACUCUCACAAGUUUCCUGGAACUUGAACCCAGGCUUGGAGCAGGAUCCAGAGGGUAGCUGAGGAAAUUUCAGGCUUAUUCUGGCCUCGACUCCAGUCCUCAGGGAGGCGCUAGGGGUCCCAGCAUUUGAGUAGGGGGUCAGUGUGUUCAUUAGAUGCUUUUCACCUGUUUUCUGCUCAACCACCUGCAGCAAGGUGAUCAGCCUAGUAGUCGUUUUUUUUCCGACAGCCUGGCAUGACCAGGGCUGGUUAGCGCCAGCCAUACCAGUACUCUACCUUCAGAGAACACCUAGGCACUGCCACCUUAAAUCAUCCCGGCUGCCUAACCCUCUUCCUUUGGCUUAUUUUUAUUAUCUACUCCAUCAGCACUUGGAACAUAUGGCAUUAUCUCAGUUGUCAUUCGGUUGGGAAACAAAACUGUCUUUGAAACUUGUAUUUCUUGCCACUUCCAUUUCAUUUUUGGGCAGGUGACUCCCAAAGAGAAGGAGCCAGAAUAGACUGGAGGAGGGUGGGGGAAGACCGCCUUUUUGUCUCUGAAAGAAAAAGGUGCCGCAGGGCGAGACGGGGGAGCUGCUUCUUUCCAAGAUGUUGGCAGUAACUAGGAAGCCACCUCCAGCUGGUUGGUGCUUAGAGGAAGGGAGAAGAAGCUCUGUGGAACAAAGCAUCAAAAGAAGUCUGAGAUUGAAAAAGAAACCGAAGCCAGUAUUUUAUGAUGAUGCUGUUUUUUUCUUCUGUGCGUAUUUCAUCCAGCCAGGGAUGCCAUCAAAGGGCGAGCUUGGCCAUCUCCCGAUUUCUGUUGGAACCAAGUCACAGACUACCUGGGGCCAUUUCCACGAGAAUGUUUUCUCCUGUGGUCCUUCAGACAAAUGGUCAAAUGGUGCCCUCCAGUGGCCCCAGUCCUUCAUUUCACGUUUUUUUCUGGGGCUUUGUCUCUCCCUGGUCCCAAAGAGGAAAAACAGCUUGGAUCUAUUGUUAAGUAAUAACCUUUGCAAUAUUAACCAUGGCGCAUUUAUGAAACAACCACACUGUGCUAGACUCUUUGAAGGCACACAGACAAGAUGAGGACCUCCUUCACCAGAGUGUUUCUAUGAAAAGUUUUAUUAUUCUUUCCAAACAACGGUUCUUCUGCAUUAACUUGAGGAGCAAAAGGAGGGGAGGAAGGACAUUGCCCAUGCAUGAUGUGGAAAGCUGUUGGAUUUUUUUUAAGGAAACUAUUUGUAUGAUGUUGCACUAAAAAAUGUUUUAUAAACACUUCGGAGACCUGUAGUAAAUUAUGUUGAAAAUA